UAUGGCAGCAUCACGUCCAACUUCGCCUCGAUCUGAAGCGUGUAUCUCGCGCCGUUGCAUCUCCACGUCUCGUCAACCGUGCUGAAACGGCCGCAAAAGCCUGAUUAUCGACGAAAAGCUCGCGAUCCCCGUCACGCUCUCGCAACAUGGAAAUGCCAAACUGGCUCUCCACGACACUGAGCGUGCUCUACUACAUCAUACUUUUGCCCGUCGUGAAGCUCGUUCAACUGAUACUACUGGUAUUGCUUCCGCUCCUCAGUCUCGUCCAGUGGAUCCUUCUUCCAGUCACGCAUCUCGCAAGAGUGCUUCUCGGAGUGGCUCUCCUUCCAUUUCACGCGCAAUUGCUUAGCAGGUUCGAGACUAUCUACAUCUAUCUCGGAGUCGCGGGUGUGAUUGGGUCAAUAACCGGCCUCAUCCUCUUCGCGUGCUUCAACUUCCUCUCCGCUCUCCUCCGCAUUGACGCUGCUCCCGAAGACACGCAAGCCAAGGGGAUGACAGCGGCAUCAUAUCGUGCCGCAAGGCGUCGGAAACAAGCCAUCCAACCCAUCUAUCCAUUGAGUCCAACCGUGCUGAAGGAGGAAGUUACUGGCCCUCAUCGAAACCUACUCGCCCAAACCAUCGUCGAGGAAGAGGAUUCUGAUCUGUAAUAUUGGGGAAAAGAUGCUACUCUAAUGAUACCCGAAUACAAGAAUAGAGAGAGAUACCCGUCGCACUC